AUGGCCUCGGCACCGUCGCAUUCCCCGGAGAAACUGCCUGUACCUGCUGAGCCGAAUCCCGUCCUCGACGCAUCGCAAGCCCAAUGGCUCUUCACAGAUGAAGAACUCACUCGUACGCCAUCCCAACUCGAUGGUAUGAAGAUGGAAGCGGAGCAUACUAGUCGCAGCAAAGGUGUCAAUUUCAUCACCCAGGUCGGCAUCAUGCUGAAGCUGCCCCAGCUCACUCUGGCCACCGCAGCCGUCUACCUCCACCGGUUCUUCAUGCGGUACAGCAUGGUCGAUAUACCGCAACGACCGGGCAUGCAUCCCUAUCCCAUCGCGGCCACAGCGCUAUUCUUAGCUACGAAAGUCGAAGAGAAUGUUCGAAGGAUGAGAGAGCUGGUGGUGGCCUGCUGCCGAGUGGCGCAAAAGCAGCCGAAUCUGGUGGUGGACGAGCAAUCCAAGGAGUUUUGGAAAUGGAGGGACACGAUCCUUCACCAUGAGGACUUACUCCUGGAGGCGCUCUGCUUCGACCUGCAGCUCGAACAGCCGUACCGCAUCCUCUACGAUUUUAUCUGUUUUUUCGGCGCGAAUGAAAACAAACCGCUCCGCAACGCCGCAUGGGCCUUUGUCAAUGACUCCAUGUUUACCGUCCUCUGCCUACAGUUCAACGCACGCACCAUCGCUGCCGCCGCUCUAUACGCCGCAGCGCGGCACUGCGACGUGGGAUUUCCGGACGACGACCGCGGUCGACCGUGGUGGGAGCAGAUUGACGUGGAUCUGACGCAGGUGCGUCGCGCCUGCAUGAGAAUGGCACAGCUCUACGAGAACAAUGCCAUGCAGAAACAUAGCCAGUACUACCCGACCACCCCAAUACUGUCGGACGAGGGCACUGAGAAGACCAGGAUCCCCCACGCUGGCAGUCCCGCAAAUCGUCCUGCAGCGGAGUCAGACGUCAAUCACGGCCGGAAACGAUCGAAAGAGCCAGAAGACAGCGGCAAAUCUCGAGGAAAUGUCUCAGCCCCCUCCAACGGAGAGCGUUCUCCGAAACGACCACGCAGGGAGUCGGAUGCGGCGCCACGCGGCAGCUCGCAGGAUCAGCAGCAGAGCCCCUCCGCUCCUUCCUCACAAAGCCUACCAAACGCAGGAAGCCCUUCCUCCUUCUCCUCCCAGGGCCGGCCCCAUCUCAACGGCCAGGUACCUCCGUCAUUACCUCAUCCCCCCACUCACCACCGUCACCCGCAUCCCUUACCACCGGCUCCCCGUCCAUUCCCACGGAGAGAUAGCGAUCACCGCCCUCCCGGCGGCGGAAAAGGCGCAGGUCUAAGGGAAGCCGAUCCAAUCCAACAACGCAUCGACGAAAUCGUUUCACAGAAUAUGCCGCCGCACGGUGGUCCACCAGUACCACCACCGCCCGGAGGCGGCGCGAGGAUCCCCAACAGACGGAACUCAGUCGAUCGCCGCGGACCCGAUUGGUACCGCGGGUACGAUGAUCCCGCGAGACGACGGCGGCCGUCCUUCGGGAGGUCGCAGUCAUUCGAGGAGCAGCAUCCACCACCCCCAGGGCACCCUCAUCAUCAACCUCUACCCCCACCGCCACCACCUCCCGAUAUUCCUCAGCCGCCACCUCCACCCCCGCCCUCACAGCCGGAACAAGCCGCUCAGGAAGAUGAAGGCGGGGGCAGUGAAGAAGGGGAGCUUUGA